GACCCUACUUCCAAGUACCGCUGCGGUGCAAUAAAUCUACCGUAUUCAAAAACAGAUCAAUGUACCGCCGCUUACGCUCAAAAAAGUGUAGUGUUAAGGGGUUUUAAAAAUAACGGAAGCGGUGACGAUGCCUAGCGUAUUAAAUAAGUAAUUUGAAAGUCAGCGCAUAUGUACGUUACCAAUGCUAGCUAGGGUUUUGGUGUUUACUUGUGUGAAACGUUGCUUUUCUCAUAGACAAUCUGUUGUAACGGAUGUAGUAUCGGUGUCAUAGCAACCUGCUGCAACAUUUGUCUACCUGUAACUUCAGUUCUGCGUGGAAGAAACUCCCUCUCCUGCUAACGUUAGCCUAAAUCACCUAUAAUGUAACUGCUUAUGAAACAAAAAUAGCUGAAGUUACGUUACAGCAUGUGGUAAAAGAUGACUCCUCAGCCACGUUUAAGGUGAAGUAAUAAGCGUUAUAUUUGCUGGCGGCAACACACUAGCUAACAUUAAAGGUAGCUAACGUUACUCAAACUAAAGAUGGUGAUUGAAAAGCUCAGUUUAACUUGUGAUAGACUUCUGUCACACCGACAGCUCGCAUGUUGUCAAUCGUAUUGUGGUAUACCACUGGACGGCAUGAAAAUGCUGAUUUACACUAAUAUGGACAUAGAGCAUAAGCCCCUGUUGUUAACUGGCCACCACGGUGAGAUCAGUGCCAUGACCUUUGGAAAAGGAAGCGGACCUGUUCUCCUCUGCUCUGCCUCUGCCGACUAUAUCAUCGUCUGGGAUAUUGAACUCUGCCAGAAGAGAACAAAGGAGGGUAAAGUAGCAGCUGGAACGGUUAUCGGGUCUUUACUGGGUGAAGUCGUCUAUCUUUCUUUCUGUUUCUCUGACGAACGAGUGGCUGCAUGCUCGGGAGCAACUGUGUAUAUUCUCAGCUCAAAGAGACAUGAAGUGAUCUCUACCUUGACCAGCCACCUCGGACCUUUAACAUCAGCGGAGUUCUGCCCCUGGAAUAAAGACAUUCUUGUCACCACAUCAGAGGACCGCACUUUUAAGGUGUGGGAUUUAAAAACGGAAACUGUUUGCUACCAGUCUUUUGUGCUUUCAGCCUCUCCACUGCUUAGUGUGUUCUUCUUGGAGGAGAACAGGCACCUUAUCACUGGCUCAACUGAUGGACAGCUGUGGUGCUUUUCUCUCCCUGAUGACCACAAGUGUCACCUGGUUACCAAAAUGGACCUUCAGAAGAUGGAAAAAAGACAUCAAAUGCACCGAGGGACUGUGAGCGAUCAAGCAGGGCUUGCAGAACAACCAGCUGUAGAUGAAGUGGAGACUUCCAAACCUGUCCUCAGAAUGGCUUUAUGUAGCUCAUUCAUUGACACCCGUAUUGAGCAUAAAAAGGACAACAGCUGGUUAUUUAUUGGAAGCUCUGAUGGCCUGUACGUGGUGGAUCUGGCUACCUCAGAUCUCCUAAAAGCACUAUAUUUCAAGGAUUACCCCAACUUGAGCAUCACAAUGGCUGGGUCGUGGUCAAUCUCUCCAGGGUGGGAUAACUCUAUGGUGUUUUUAGUGAGCUCUUUGUUCACUCCAUGUGUGGUCCUGUUGGACUUACGUCUGUGUGGCCUAGUGAGGACCUGGGCUUGUGGUGAAGGCUUUUCGGUGUUCCCGAGUUCUCCUCUACUGCUUGAAUCUCCUCUGAAUGCCGAGUUUAAGAAGAAGAAGCCAGAGCAUCCUAAAAAGAAAGGAGGAAUAAAGGAGCAGCCUCUGGUUUUCCACUCGAAAGUGAAGUCAUCUGGAUAUACUAGUGCCCCAAGAAGUAUUAUGUUUUCACCUAAAACAAACAUCCAGAAGAAUCCUUCCUCUAAAAUGGCUAACAAAAAUACCGGUUUACUCCUCAGAGAUUAUCCAGCAGACAGCGCAGCACCUACUAUUCCACACAUUCAUCUUAGCAUUGUCAACAAGCCAGUCCACUGCCUUCAAUAUUCAGGUGACGGAAAACAAAUCCUGUGUGGUCUUGGCGACAGCUCAGUGUUUUUGUACAAGUCCUCUCUUACUGGCAAUCCAACUGUCUACACAGGGCAUGACAAGCCAGUGAGCAGUGUGAGCUGGAGCCUCAACAGACAGUGGUGGUUGAGUGCGUCAGAAGACCAGUCUCUACGAAUUUGGACCCAUGGCAGCCCAGAGCCUGCCAUUAUCAUGGGUGACAGUUUGUUCUCCAAACCCAUUAAAAGUGCUCAGUUUUAUUACCUCGACAAAUUUCUGCUUUUGGCAUCUGGACCCUCUCUCUACUUGUACCUGUAUAAUGUGGACAUAACACGUGAUGACAUAAAAAGAUAUCAGCAACGGAGUGUCAUCAAAUUGGCAAGAUGCAUUACAACGACAUCAGCAACAGACAUCACUGCCUUGUCUGCAAUCAAUGAUUUUUUCUCUUACAUCGUUUUGGUGUGUGGUUCAGAUCGAUCCAUUCAAGUAUUUGACAUGAACAAGGGUACAGUUGCUUCAGCGCUCCCUGAUGCCCACAGCAGAGCUGUCCACUGCAUUACACAGAACAAGGGCUCCAUGUUUAGCACACAAGCGCCGGAUUCAUACAACCUCUUCCUUACCAGUGCAGUCACGGAUGGUGUGAAGAUUUGGGACCUCCGUUCACUGAGGUGUGUACGCCGUUAUGAGAACCAUCUAAAUCGCUGCCAUCCAUGCUCUUCAGCCAUCUCACCAUGCGGCCGCUUCAUUGCAUCAGGCUCUGAGGAUAACUGCGCCUACGUGUAUGACAUCCGUAGCAGCAGGUACCUGCACAGACUUCAAAAACACUCAGACACAGUGCUCAGUGUGACGUUCAACCCUGCCACACCAGAGUUGCUAACUGGGACCCUGGAUGGGAAGCUGCGAUUGUUUCAGUCCAGCAGUGGGGCCCUUCUGUCUCAUGACACCAGUGCUGCUGUGCAUAGCAUCCCCAAGAUGACUGCAUAAUUACAGCAGGCUGCUGCAAAGACCAUGCAGGUUUCAUUAAAGCAGUUCCAACCCCUGGCUAGGAUUUUACUGGGAAAGAAGAGAGUAAGGGUUUUGUUUUUAUUUCUUGGUUAAAUCAAGACCAAAAAUAGACAAGUUUAAAGAGGUUUUGUUUUCUUGUUAUAUGUGCCUGUGGUGUUCUUUUACUUCUAUGCUUCAAAUUGUAAAAAGGAGCCAUCCAUGUAAGCAUCAUCUUCGUUAAACUUCCAGUAUGUACAUCAUUAUGAUCGCUUUUCUUUGACUGGGAUUCAAAGGGAUAUGAGUGGUUUGAUUGAAUAUCUUUCAUCAUAUUCAUUUAACCACAUUAUUGUGAUGCAAUGAGGUGAUACAUACUCAAUUACAGAUAAUUACAGCUAAGUUUUCCAAAAACAAUUGUAUCAGCCGUUCUUCCCAUCCAUCCGUCCACAUUCUGCAUGGUCAAGCAUCAGAUUUUCUUUGUUCAAUAUGUGGAACAGAUGUACUUCUAUAUCACUGGCUGUGACCACUUAACAGAUCAGCACACAGAGCUAUGACAUCAACUGGGUGCAACCUCUUUGGCUGCCAGAUACACAGAUGCUACUACUGUUUAUACUGACACACCCAUCAGCAUUGUUUGAGCUAUACAUUUACUCUUCUCACCCACAGUCGCAACAAAAUGUCAGCUACAACUGACUACAACUGUUAUAGUAACAGAAUAAAAUAACUGAAAUUUAGGAUUUAAAAGGGCUAAAUCAUUAAUAAUAUAAAUGUCAAGUACAUUGUUAGAUCAUUGUUACAUGCCUGUGGAAAUCAUUUAUUGUAAAAUAUUUGUCUGUUUUUUGGAAUGUAGUUGCUGUAUGUGGCUGUAUGUAUGUGGCUGUGUUAUUGCAUGCCGUUUGUAUUGGGAAUAUGUAAGGUGUGCAUCAAGAUUCUACUUUAGGACCACUUCUGUUUUCUGUUUUUUUUUGUGAUCUCCCGUUGAUUUUUUUCUGAUUGUUUUUAGUUACUAUUAUAUACUGCAAUGUAUACAUUGAAACUAUUAUAUAUACAUCAGGGCCUUAUUAUCACAUAUUCAAAAUACUUUGCAAUCUGAGAUUAACAAUUUACAAACUUGGUUGCCAGCUAACAAACUCAAUAAAAAGAAAAGUCUUACACAAAGGUCUUUGGUAUGAGACAGAACCUCAACUCCAAAUCCAAGUCUCUGGUUUUAGUUUGUUAUGAAGGUAUCUCUCCAGAAAGUUAAUGAAAUUAAAUAUCUAGAUUUAUGGACUGAUUCUGGGCUUACAUUUAAACCACACAUUGAUCAUAUUGUAAACAAAGAAAAUAAAAGAGUAAAUUUGCUAUUGGUGUGUCAGAAAUAGACUGGCUUCAGAACUUACAUCAACAAUACUGGACUGUGCUGUUGAUCAUAUAAGUUGUUGAUCAAAAUACUUUUGAACCAAUCCUCUUCCUCUCAAUGUCAUCUAGUUCCUGUGUUGUUUUGUAAUGCUUUGUAUGUUCUUGUAAGUGUAUGUUUUGAGACCCCCUUGUUUGGGCAUCAUGUCAACAAUCAAAUAGUUUAUGCAAUACCUUAGUAACUACUGGUGACUACAUCAUGUAUGCUUUCAGGUUUAAUCUAAAGCUUUUUCCUUCUCAGUUUCAUAAGUAUAAUUCCACAGUCAAUGACUUAGUAAUAAAUCCGGAAGACAUUUUAUCGG